AUGGCGACUGAAGCUGGAUGGUCUUGCGACGCCAACGAUGCGGUCCAUGUUACCAUCGUCCAACCGGGCGAGAAGAAGCCGAAGACACUUUCUGCGUUUCACCCUCAAUUCACAUACCCAAUUUUCGGCGACGAUGAACAGAUCUUUGGCUACAAGGGCUUGAUUAUCCGUCUGCGAUUUGCAGCUCACGACUUGCGCCCUCAUGUUCACAUUUCCUACGACGAGAAGUUCAAACCGGUCGGCGAUACAGCUGCUCUGGACCUCCUUGCUACAUUGAAGCCUUUCGUUCAGCCAGAGUCAUUUGCCAAUCUUCCAGAUUAUGAGAAGGCGAUUCAAGAGGACCCAGACGCCAAAGACUUUAAGCCUCCGGGCCAAUUUGUACUUGGCUACGAGGCGGAUGACAGGAAAUAUGAGAUAUGGGCUGGAUCAUUGGGGAACCCGGAUGUGAGAAAGAUCCUGGAUCGCAUGCAGGUCCUCGUGUCUCUUUUCAUCGAAGCCGGGACUCCCUUGGAGACAGAUGAUCCGGAAUGGACACUUGAUCGGUGGACGGUAUACUUCGUGUAUGAGAAGGUGACUCCUCCAACGCCCACGGCAUCAGCAUACUCCAUCGUCGGAUAUGCCACGACGUAUCGCUACUGGUAUUACCACCGCAAUCAAUCAGAGACGCCCACAGUCAAGAACGACGAGUUCCCUCCAUCAGAAGUCGACAUCGCUGAACUUCCUUCACGCAUCCGCAUUGCCCAGUUCCUUAUCCUCCCCUCACACCACCGCGCCGGCCACGGCACCCACCUUUAUACCACAAUCCACGCGGCCUGUAUCGCAGACCCGACCGUCCUGGAGCUUACUGUUGAAGAUCCCAAUGAACAGUUCGAUGCGCUCCGGGACACAGCUGAUUAUUGUCUGCUGCGGCCAGAGUUCCUCAGACACAACGUGAAUCUCAAUCCCGACCCUCUUGGCGCAUACUCAGAAAAGAAGCGCCCUCGCAAUGUGCCCACUUCCGCCCUUAUCCCCACAAAACUGCUACAUGAUAUUCGAAAAUCGUUCAAAAUCGAACCAACUCAGUUCGCGCACGUUCUAGAGAUGUACCUCCUUGGCCAGAUUCCCAAAAGCCACCGCCUGGCCGGCGGCACAAAUCUCGCUCGGCUUUUGAUCAAGAAAUACAAAGCCGACAAUGAAAACGACCGACGAUACUACUGGUGGCGCAUGCUAACCAAGCAGCGUCUCUUUAAGAAACAUAAAGAACUUCUGACCGAACUGGAGCUUAUGGACCGGGUGGAAAAGCUCGAUGCCACAGUUCAAAAUGUGGAGGAAGGCUAUGAGAUCACGUUGGAGGCUCUCGAGGGCCGCUUGCCUGAAGUCCCAACGGAUGAAGAGGCGGAGGAAAAUGCAAAUGAACAGGCCUCCAAGGCCCCAACUGGUAGCCGGGACCAACGUGUCAAGCGCAAGCUCACGGUCAUGGAGGAUGAUGACGAGGAGGACGAAUCUGAGGCGGCCAAACGUCCGAAGAUUUAA